CGAGAGAAAAGAAUAUCAAGAAGAACUGAUGAACAUCAUAAACAAAAUCCGUGAUGAAGGAGCAUUCCGAAAUCUAUGCUCGUGACGGAUGGUGCUGCUUGGAAUAUCCCCUUAUAUUACAUGCAGCGUACUGAGCGGGUCUUAUCUGUUGCGAUCAUCUGACAUCAAAGCGGACAAAUUAUGCAAGGAAUUGCAAGCGCUAGGAUAUGAAUUGAGCAAGGUAUUGCCAUCAGUUUCAAGUCACAUCAUGCAAUUUUCACGAUGGAUGGACUCUGUUCGCAAGACAUGUCUGAAUCUUGAACAUAUAAAUCGUGAACCAAACGAGUAUCCUGUCGGCUCGGAAGACAUCAUUCGCCAGCAACAGUUGAUAGCUUUGAACAAGUACAUUAUGCGAAUGGCAGCGUCAACCUCAAGCCAUCACGAACCACCGCAAACAUGCACAACAAGUGCUGCAGGCGGUACCUACAGCAAGAAAUUGUGAAGUCGGACCCAUUGCCAGUCGAGCAGGUGAAGGAGCAGCCUACGACGAUGUGUACCGUCAAUCGGGAGCAUUCGGAACGCCAAGACUCGAUUGAAGAUCAGCAGCCAGGUCCCCGUCGUGGUAGACAAAAUGUUCUUGAAUGGUAUCACCAGCCGAUCGGCAGAUGGGAGUUCCCGUCAACGGCACGUUGUUGACAAAGUCAUUUCUUCUUUUGCUCCCACCAUUUUGUGCCAUCAUCUCUCGUAUUACUUGAAACAACCGUUGGCGCAGCAGUUCUAGCCGCAAAUAGUCCGAUAUAACGAACUUUCACAUUUGUGAAUGAAUGGCUUAGGAGAUGCUGCUGUACCUUCACAGCAGCCAGCUAGGACCCGUCAGAUUCUUCGAAUUAGUGCAUAUGCUGAAUCGUACUCAGCUACCCCGCAGGGUUAAUGAGACUGACCGUACAGGAGCUACGUAUUUGGGUGCAACAGAUCAAGUACAUCUGCGCUGGUGACUCUCUACAUCCUAAGGAUGCAUACUCGCUCAACCACUUUUACAUCUAAAGCAUCUAAAUAUAUACGCCUCCUGUACUACCUCCUCUAUCGAUCUGAAAAGUUGAUACCACGACGAGUUUUGGGUGAUAAUGAUGAUGUGCUGCCAUGAUUACGUGAUUUCCUGCAAGAGUUCCAAUUCGGAUGGUGAGUUAC